AUGAUUGUAUAAUUAAAUAUAAAAUUGAUUGAUAUGAAUUAAAAAAUCAAAAAGCACCAUGAAGUUUAAUCUUCGGCUGCAAAUCAGCAUAAUCAAUAUUUAGACGCAGAUGAAGUUGCUGAAUUGAUAAGGAAUGUGAAUCCCUCUAAUUUAAUUCUUCCUUUUAGUAUAUUAACUUCAACGUUAGAGUGGUAUGUCAGAACAAUAUCAGAUGAGAUUUAUAAAUUAAGCUUUUUGAACCAAAAAAAGUUUAAUAGAGCAAAAAUAUUUUGGCCAAGUUAGUAUGAAAAUCAAAAUGACCUAAUAUUAUAAUAUCUAAAUUAAUUUGAUGGACAUGAUUUAGAGGACUACUUUGAUGUUAUUAUUAAGAUUUAAAUGACAAAUGAAAAAGCAUUGAUUUUGAACUGCUUUUUAAAUAGUUUUACAUUCUAAGUUGAAGAAAAAGAAAGAAAUAAUUUUUCUAAUUAAAAAGGAUUAGAAUUGUUUUAUGAGAGAAAAGAAGUAAUUAUGAUUGGCUGUGAAAAUGAUUUAAGUGCCUUGGUAGAUUUGACAAAUCUUCUUUGCGAAAAAUAUAUAUACUAGAGUCAUUAUUAGGAAUAGCGGGAGAUUAUUAAAUUCUCUUAAUAAGAAUUAUAUAAAAGAUUGAUUCCCAUAUUGCAAGAAGAGACUUUAGUUGUUUUAUAUGAGCUAUAUAAAGAUUUAUGA